AUGGAAGAGGUGAUGGACGGCUGCCCCUUUUCGCCCCCCUCGGGCGGCUUCUUCUACGGCGGCUCGCCCCGCGCCCCUUCCCCCGAGGAGGAGGAAGAGGAUUUCGCGCAGAGGAUGGCCGCCGCCUCCGCCUCCUUCCGAGAGCCCCCAGCUGAGCCUCCCGGAGGCUCGGACGGCGAAGAACACGUCCGCGCCCCGACGGGCCACCCGCAAGCCGGCCCCUGCCUGCUCUGGGCUUGCAAAGCCUGCAAGAAGAAGGCGAGCCCGGGCGACCGGCGCAAGGCGGCCACUCUCCGGGAAAGGCGGCGCCUGAAAAAGGUCAACCAGGCUUUCGAGGCCCUCAAGCGCUGCACCUCGGCCAGUGCCGGCCAGCGGCUGCCCAAAGUAGAGAUCCUGCGCAACGCCAUCCGCUAUAUCGAGAGCCUGCAGGAGCUGCUGCGGGAGCAAGUCCAGCAUUUUUACGGGCUGCCCGGGCCCGGCUGCUCCGAGCCCACCAGUCCCAGCUCCAGCUGCUCCGACGGCCUGACCGAAUGCAACAGCCCCAUGUGGUCCAGAAGGAACAGCACUUAUGUCAAGAGUUACUGCUCUGAUCACCAAAAUGUCUAUCCCUCGGAAGCAAGCACUGCCCUCUCCAGCCUGGACUGUUUAAUCAGCAUAGUGGAUCGAAUCUCUUCCUCGGAUCAGGUGGGGCUGUCCCCACAGGACGCUGCUUCCCUUUCUCCUAUUGCCAGCCCUGAAUCUCAGCCAGCCUCUCCUGAGGCCCCUCAUUCCAAGCUCAUCUAUCAUGUACUGUGAGCUACCUGAGAUUUGACACCAGCUGGGCCAACAGUUGGGUAUUUCUAAGAAUGCCCAGCAUCAACAAGGAGAUGCUCCAUUGAAAUAUGAGGCUCUUGGAAUUUGGUGGACCAAAAAUAUGCAUAUAAGGAAAAAGUCACUUUAUGAUGUGUGUAAUCGUGGGUAGCUUUGUGCUAUCUCCCCUUUUUAGAAGGAGAAUGACAUAUUUAAUCAAACUACUUUUUAAUACUAUAUACUAUAAUUAUACAGUAUACUAAUGUUUUAAAUUGUAUGACAUCGCUGUCUUAAUUAUCAUAAAGAAU